CCCCGGGCUUCCCCCGCCCGCAACUGCCAGAGCAGCCGGGGGCCGUCCAGACUCGCCCGGACCCGAGAGGCCGCUGCACCGGGCCUCAGCCACCCUCCGGAUGCCGGUGCUGCCGCCCCCCUGUCCCCAGGCCCUGGCACUUCCCUCGGUAGAGGCCAUGGAGGGCCCGCUCCCUCAGACGGGCCGGUGCCCGGAACCUGGACCUUCCUCCUCCACCGCACCUCCCCUGACGUCACCCUCUCCCAGGCCCAGCCACUACCUUCUCAUUGACACCCAGGGUGUCCCCUACACUGUGCUGGUGGACGAGGAGUCACAGAGGGAGCCGGGGGUCGAUGGGGCUUCUGCCCAGAAAAAGUGCUACAGCUGCCCGGUGUGCUCCAGGGUGUUCGAGUACAUGUCCUACCUUCAGCGACAUAGCAUCACGCACUCGGAGGUGAAGCCCUUCGAGUGCGACACGUGCGGGAAGGCGUUCAAGCGGGCCAGCCACCUGGCGCGGCACCACUCCAUCCACAGGGCAGGUGGCGGGCGGCCCCACGCCUGCCCACUGUGUCCGCGCCGCUUCCGGGAUGCGGGAGAGCUGGCUCAGCACAGCCGCGUGCACUCCGGGGAGCGCCCUUUCCAGUGCCCGCACUGCCCGCGCCGCUUUAUGGAGCAGAACACGCUGCAGAAGCACACGCGGUGGAAGCAUCCGUGAGACGCGCUGGGCCUGGCAUCCCUUGAAGCCCCCAGACCCCGCGGAGUUGCAGGCGGCUUUCGGGGCCCAGGAGACACACACAGACACACACACACACGCGCACACGCACACGCCUGCUCUCUAGAGCCCUGCCAGGAGGAAGAGCCGUGGGCUUUGGCUGAGUCCUCACAGAAUGGAGCCCUCUGGCCUCAAGACGUGAGACAUUCCCGGCGCAGUGCUGACCGGGGGGCAGAUGCUGUGCGUGGCAUCUCCUGCCUCAGCCGAGUGGCCGGGCGCCUUCAGGAAGCCUUUCCAUGUACACGGAUGACACGGGCCUGAAUAUACGAUACAGCAUGUACACCACGUCCCGGCGCUGAGCACUUUGGAGACAGUGUCAUGGACGUCCUUGCUCACGCUUGGUAGAAAGAGCUCAGCGGCCCGCUGGGGAGUUGGAAUUGGCCCACCCUGAAGACCUGUGUCACCCUGGAAGUGUCUUAAAACUUGUGUUUUUUAAACAAACACGAUCCACAGUAACAUGGUUUAAAUGACGACCAGUAUACAGACACACACAAUGUAUGGCAAAUUUUAACAGUAAUUGCAAGUCACCCCGAUUUUUCCACCAUAAUUUUUUAAAAUGUAGAGCCCAUCCUACUGUAUUAAAUUCUCUGCCCAUGAACCUGUAGUUUGAAAAACACCAAUCUAGGGCAAGUGGCUCCCCCUGGACUUUCUGACCCAGGCUAAAACUUCUCUGUAAAGCCAAAUGGGAGGGGAGCAGGCCAGCACUCACUCGCUCUGUGCUCCCCAAGACGCGUGUGGCAGGUGAACGCGACAGACGCAAGUGGAGCUGAGCCUCGAGCUUAAUAAACAUCGGCCUUUUUGAUGCCU